CGAGGCUCGACUUCUCGAGUCCUCGACUCUGUUCGACUUUCCGAGGGCCUACCCCUGCAUCUUCACCAUUCGAGGCCAGUCCGCCGUUCCCAAUCUAGUUUUGGAACGAGGCACCGGUCCUUUGGGGCGAGAUGGAUCAACGACUCGCAAGACAUGGACCUCUGGCAUUCUCUACCCGCCUUUCCGUAGGCUGUAGCACCCUCGUUUCCGCCAUGCAUGCUGGUCCUAUUGUCCUCAUCCUGGCCCAUGGUAUUGGUCGAAAGGUUGACGAUGGUGAUAUGCGCCCUCCACGAUUAUAAGUGUAGCACGCGUCCCCCGUUCUCCAGACCCUCUCCUCCUGGUCUUCUCAUCCCCGCCGUGCCAAUCCACAGACAACCUCACCAGCACACCAGGUCGGGCAUCGUCGACACUUCCUCACAGCCUGGGAUAGCGAACUCACCAAGACCACACCCCUCGUCCCCAGCCGUAGAUCCUGAACGGACCCAUUGAUCGCAACCAUGGUCACCGUCAGCAAGAACCUGGUGCAGUCCAAUGCCGUGGAGAACCUCGAGCAUGCCCGUGAGCAGGCGCCCAACUUCGAAAAGGUGACCUGGUACAAGGAGCCUUAUUUGCGCAAGCUCUACUUCCUGUCCAUCUUCCUGCUCGUCGGCUCCGCCACCACCGGCUACGAUGGCAUGCUGCUCAACACCUCCCAGCAGAUGGACGCCUGGAAGGGCUUCUUCCCCGAGUACGAAAACGACCACAAGCUCGGCAUCCUCAUCAACAUGUACAACAUUGGUUCCAUCAUCUCCUACCUCUUCACACCCUACAUCGCGGAUCGCGUCGGCCGUCGCCCGACUAUCAUGGCUGGCUGCGUCCUCAUGAUCGUCGGUGCCAUGCUCACGACCUUUGCCAACGGCUACAACAUGUACAUGGGCGGACGCUUCCUCCUCGGUUUUGGCAACUCCUUCUCCCAAAUGUGCUCGCCCAUGCUGCUCACCG